CUCGUAUGGACUUCAAGUGCUAUCGUACCGUCUUUGUCUGUCUACGUGUAUUACUGUGGAAGGGUUCCGUUCCGUUUUGGGGUGAUUAGAUCUUCAGUACCUAACCUUAGAGGUUAGGCCUACAGAUACUACCUAGGUCAGAUAUCACGAGGAAAGCUUCGCUUUCCACCAAAAGACGAUGUCGGCGCGGCACAAAGUCGAUGACGCAGAUGCGGCGCACGGUGACGCCACAACCUGGAUCUCCUCCACAUCACUAGCCACAGUGGGUCUCGCGGCAACAACAACGCAACCACAACAAUCAGAGCUUGUUGCGUUGCAAUCUGAUGGCGUCAUGAACUCUGGGGACACGCUUGCUCGGUACUCGGAGGCGGUCCAGGAGUGCGACAUCAUGGUUGAAGAGUUCCACAGUGGCACAGUCCGCAUGGGAAUGCCUUCUCAAGCUCCCCAUAUCGGGUUCAGUCCUCCCACGGACGUGCUGGAGACCAUUCCGUACGGAGUAAAAGUGGCUCCCGUCCCUGCGUCCCUGGGUCCCCGGAGCUCAACUCGACGAUCUUUGGCUUUGCCUCCUGACCCUUGUCGCUUCCCUCGACGUUUCAUUUCGGCCAACCUUGGCGAGCCAGCCCUAAACGUCACCGACAUGGGGGGUACGGGGAUGACGCCCUAUGACGUCCAUGAGCUUAGUCUGAGGUGCCAUGACAUGAGCUUCAACCUGGAUUGCGGCACUAACGGUGACAUCUUUAGUUGGCAAAUGCGUGACGAAACGCUGAUAUAUAAGAACCCCCUCCUCUCCUCCUUCAUCUGCUGCUCCUCUCUGCACUUCACCUUUCAUCAUCAACAACAACAAAACAACAAGAACAAUUAA